CAGCCGCAACACGGCAGCAAACCGCCGCGAAGCCUCGGACUGAUAUGCGUGGUCUGCGGGGACACCAGCUCCGGCAAACAUUACGGAAUACUCGCCUGCAACGGUUGCAGCGGCUUCUUCAAGAGGAGCGUCAGACGGAAGCUGAUUUACAGAUGUCAAGCUGGUACCGGAAGAUGCGUCGUGGACAAGGCGCAUCGAAAUCAAUGUCAAGCUUGCCGUUUGAAGAAAUGUAUGCAAAUGGGAAUGAAUAAAGAUGCUGUUCAAAAUGAACGUCAACCGAGGAAUACUGCCACCAUUAGACCGGAAGCGCUCGUCGAGAUGGACCAAGAGCGGGCGCUGCGCGAAGCCGCCGUCGCCGUGGGCGUCUUCGGACCGCCAGUCUCCCUAGCUAUGGCGAGAUACACUACGCCACUACCUCUGCCCACAGUCGCACCGACGACAAACUCUACAAAUAAUGCAGCGACACCACCUCGACAAGACAACGAGGACGGAAAUGCAUCCGAGGAUAGUAUAGAUGUAACGAACGAGGAGCCAUUGACACCUCAACGAAGUGGAUGCGCGCAGCUUCCACCAAUACUCCCGUCAUUAUAUUCACCUGCGAGUGCCGAAACGGUCUACGAGACCAGCGCGAGGCUGCUCUUCAUGGCCGUCAAAUGGGCGAAGAAUCUUCCCUCUUUCGCUGGUCUGCCAUUCAGAGACCAGGUAAUAUUGCUGGAAGAGGUCUGGUCGGAACUGUUUCUCCUAAAUGCGGUUCAAUGGUGUCUGCCACUCGAGUCAUCGCCUCUCUUCAGCGCUGCCGAAUUGACGGCUCUGACCCUCUCGCCGCAUCAGCAUCCGCACUCGGGAUUGCAUCUGCAAACCACCACGGGAAAACCUAGUCAAGUAGCGGCGGAUGUCAGACAUUUGCACGAUACCCUGCAGAGAUACAAGGCAGUCAUGGUCGAUCCCGCGGAAUUCGCCUGCAUGAAAGCCAUCGUUCUCUUCCGCCCAGAAACCCGCGGCUUAAAGGACUCCAGUCAGAUUGAGAAUCUGCAGGAUCAGGCACAGCUGAUGCUGGGACAUCACGCGCGCGCUCAACAGCCGAAUAGCCCGGCCCGAUUUGGCAGGUUGCUGUUGCUGCUCCCGUUGCUGCGAACGGUUCCGGCUGCCAGAGUGGAACUGAUUUAUUUCCAUAGAACUAUCGGCAAUACACCGAUGGAAAAAGUCCUCUGUGACAUGUACAAAAAUUAAAAAUCAUCUCGGACAUCAGAGAACUUUUCCCGAGAAUUACUGCUUCAAUUAAAUUGAUAACGCAAAUUACGCAAGGAUCGCCAAAAGCUUUGGCGCUAAAGCAAGGAUUUACGGAAGGCGGAAUUAAUCACCGAAAAUGGACAGCAAAGACUGGCUAACGAGACUUUCCUAAAAAUAAAAAAAAAUGGAAGAAUCAAGAAGCAAAGCGCAGCUUUGUUCCGAUCAUGAUCAGGCCUAAGGACAAAGUCCUAAGUCCCUUCGAGAUGAUCAUAAGAUAAUAAAUUCGAUUGGCGAGUAUAUUCCUACAAACGCGGAGCACAGGAAGAAUGACGUCACUAACGAAUAAAACGGCAACUAAAAUCGACCGAGGGGCACUCAAUCGCGGCGUAAAUAUACACAUAGACACAUACAUAAUAUAUGUAUUUAUUUAUUAUAGACAUAUAUAUCGGGCGUUAGGCCCAACACGUUGAUAGAGUGUUUUUUUUCGUUUCUCUUGUAGAAGAUUAACGGAUUAAUCCAAAAAAAAACGGAGGUAUUUCGUUUUUUACAUUUUUCCUUCUCUUUUUUUAUACCUUGACUUACGUUCGUCGUGAAAUUACCGAAUUAGAGAGGAAAGUGACGGGAGCGAUGAACAGAUUCUGUAACUUUAUGAAAAAUAUGUGAUUCAGGACUCAAUUAUGGAAUAUAAAUGUUCGUAAAAUUGCAGUGAAAUUAUUUGAAAAAUUAACGCAAUUAAAAUAUUCUUUUGUCUUUUUACACGUGAACAAAUUUAUGCAUCAGAGAUAUGAUUAAUAAACCGUGGCAAUAUAGCUAUACAUAUACAUUACAAAAUCAGAAUUAAAUUGCAUUUGAAAAUUACUCAGGCAGUAAUAUAAAUUCAUAAAAUUUAAUGUUGCAUAAUAUAAUUAAUGAAAGUAAUUUGAUCCACGAAGGUGUGUGAGGAGUUAAUUUUUUUCGGCGCUGUAAAUGAAUGCUCGUCCGCACUUUCUCUGUAUAUUUCGUGUUGUGAUACUAUUCGCUGUAAAAGUCUACGUAUUCUCAAUCGGUGAUAUGUAUUGUAACGAUUACUUGUAAUAAAAGUAAAUCUGAUUAA